GGCUCAGCAGACAGGUGACAUAGCACGUAUCCAUAAUCCGGGGCGCCCUCAAAACCCAUGAACCUACCAACUUUAUCGAUACCUCUGAAUCCAUCCAUGCUCCUAUACGACCCUUCCGCACGUGGAAUCUGACCUACAAAAUCACGCGACUACAUUCGAUGCCUUGAGACUAAAGCGGUUUCCGACAAACAUCCUCUCUUGACCCUGCGACCGACCCUCUCUUUACGUUCUUUUGCCGAGGCUUGGGGACAAGAUGGCCAUGUCAUCUUCGCUGGAAGUGCUAAAGAACACGUUGGAGGAGAUUGUCAAGGACCCGCGAUACCAUGAUCUCUUGUCCUUAGUCAAGACGGCGCGCAAUGGUAUUAUCUACGGAACCAAGGUGCGGUUUCCGCAUGCGCUGGUGAUGGUGUUUCUCUUCCGCUCUGGAACAUUCCCACAGAAAGUAAACCUAGUCCUUCGAGCGACAAGACAUCAUGCAACCAAUUUGGCGCGCUUUGCCCUUAUUUAUAAGCUGACCAUGCUUGCGCUCAAAUACUUUGGCGCAGAGCCUGGAAAGGAGGGAACAUACGACUCCUUCGUUGGUGGUCUUGUGGGCGGAUAUUUCGUCUUCGGCGGUCGUUCCAAGCGUACGGGGAAGAUCUCAUCGGUCAACCAGCAGAUCGUCAUCUACGUCUUUGCGCGAGUGAUGCUCGCACUCGCCCGUAUCGCUGUGAAGCCAGGCCACGGAUUCCCAUUCGUGUCGUCCGAACCUCUCCAUGGAAUCAUUAAUCAAUAUGCCUGGCCUGCGUUCGCGUCGCUCUCGUGGGCUAUGGUGAUGUUGAUCUUCCGAUACCACCCCGGGGAGCUGCAGUCGAGCUUGAGAAGCAACGAUGAUUCUUCUGUCGGUUACAUGAGUAGACAUGGAUACAUGAAAACCAAUAUGAUAGAGGUGAAUCUGUCCUACUUACUCUAUGCCGUCAUAAAGAAGUUUAACCAAAACUUAUAUCGUCGCGUUAAAACUUUAGAUGAUAUCAACAAUCAAAUUGCGAUUGAUUCGGCCAUUAAGAGAGAUUUCCAGUUAUUUUUGAAGCCAAGCUUUAAUAGCUGCCUCAGCCAGAUCGCGCUAAUCCGGCAACCUACCCCGCUAGAGCUGACCCCUGCUUGCCCCUCCACACUGGCGCCUGUGAGCCUCAACUUUACCCCCAGGCAGCUAUACCUCCACCUCAGUCCAUCAUCUUUGAGUCUAACAGAUUCCUACCAACCGACGACCAUGGCACCAAAUUCCAAAGUCGCGGAGGCGAUCUCGAACACUGAGUCUUAUUCUGGAGAGAAGGGACCUCUCUACGAGCAACUGCUCUCCGAAAUUAAGAACAUUUCAUCCCCAUCCACCGCUACCGACGACCUAAAUGCUAUCAUCGACUCCUUCUUUAACCAGGCGCUCGGCGUCGUGGCUACGCGAACCGUCCUCGCGUCUUUUAUUGCGACACUCCGAGAACUAAAGAACGAGGAUAUGUGGAUCGAGGUCGGGAAUCGUACGCUAAACACCAUCGCGGCUCAGCCAUCAUCUUCUUCCUUCGUUGAUGCUAUCGCCACUAUCCGUGAGCUCAUUGCAACGGCCCACGAAAGCAACGGUGACUUCCUUGAUGCUGCAAAGACUCUGGCCGAUAUUCCCCUUGAUAGUUCUCAGCGCAAGAUCACCGAUGAGGAGAAAGCUCGCACAUGGAUUCGCAUUGUUCGAAACUACCUCGAAGUCGACGACUCUACGGCCGCCGAGAUGUAUAUCAACAAGCUCAAGAACAUCAUGCAUACCGUAUCUGAUCAAGAACUAAACUUGCACUUCAAGCUCUCACAAGCCCGUAUUCUGGACGCUCAGCGCGACUUUUUAUCCGCAUCUCAACGAUAUCACGAGAUCAGCUUCUCGCCUGCGAUCGACGAGGAGGAACGCCUACAUACGCUCAGCAUGGCGGUGAAAUGUGCUGUUCUGGCGCCCGCUGGUCCCAUGAGAAACCGAACAUUGAGUCGCCUCUACAAAGAUGAACGUUCAUCGCAACUUGAGGAAUUUGGUAUCCUGGAAAAGAUGUUCCUUGACCGGCUGUUGUCACCUGAGGAGGUUGACAAGUUUGCAGAGGGGCUCCAGCCACAUCAGCUAGCAACUACAUCAGAUGGCUCCACGGUACUUGCCAAGGCUGUCGUCGAGCACAAUCUUCUCGGCGCAUCCAGGCUUUACAGCAAUAUUAGAUUCGAGGCCCUGGGAACACUAUUGGGCCUGGAUGCUGAUAAGGCUGAAGAGACCACUGCACGCAUGAUUGAGCAGGGACGUUUAGUAGGACGCAUGGAUCAGAUUGAUGGCAUUGUGUACUUUGAGGGUGGCGAGGCAUCGGGAGAGAAGGGGAGUGGGCGAGCAGAAAUUAUUGUUGGCAAGGAAAUGCGAAAUUGGGAUGCUAACGUUGAGAGUUUGGCUGAGGAGGUGGAGAAUGUCACCAACGCGCUGCAAAAGGAGUUUCCCGAAUUUGUUGCCGCAACCCUUGUUGUAUGA